AUGAGAGCUCUCCCAACGAUCUUGAUAGGCCUGCACUGGCUGGCCGUGCAGGCGAAUCCAGUCUCGCAUGAAGCACGAUCUGUGGAUCUACUCACCUGGCUCGAAAGUUCGGACUGGUCGAAUCCAGCGAUCGAAAAGGGCAUACCUCGUGAUCCCACUCCUGAUACCAAACGCAAAGAAACCAACAAGAAGAAAGAAACACCAGAGGAGAAGAGGAAAAAAGAACAGAACCAGAAGAUGGGAGAUGCCAUAGAUCGAGUUCUUAAGAAUAGUCAACCUGAUCCUGAAACCAAAGCCGAGACCCAGCCACACCCUCAAGAUCAAGCUGCCACGGGACAGCAAGAGGAGGCCCCCAAGCUCAAGAAGAGACAAUUUAUGGACUUGUUGAGUUGGGAUAAUGCUAAAAUGGCUGCUAAUUGGGCUUGGCCUCAAGUAGAACCGUUUUUGCAGCAGUUUGUCAAUAAACUUACACAGGCGUCUAAUUCUGCUCUUGAUAACAAGAAUGAAGUGCAGAGCGUUGUAGAGGCGUCGAAGUUUGUGAUUGGAAAUGGCAACCCGGUUGACCAGAAAAAGAAGAAGAGAGAUCUCUCCCCUUUAGACGAACUGGAGGUAGAAGAGGAGGAAGAGGAAGUAGUUGAAGAGGAGGAGGAUGUGCAAGCGGGAAAGGGGGAAUCGGGAAAGGAAAGGGGAAAUACCGGCCCAGAAAAACUAUGGAAGCGAGACGGAGGAGGUUCGGAAAGGCUGAAGAAACGUGAGGACUACAACGGCUUCCUCGCCAUAGUCGACCAGAUGGGCCUCGACGAGAUCACAGAGCAAAAACUCACAAUCCUCUUUCAAACACAAACCAUCAUGAGCCAUGUCUCUGAGAUCGUGUUGGCGUCCUACUUCUACGCAAAGUAUAUGGCUGAACGAGUUCCAGACUGUGCCAAAACGGAGUUCGCACGGUGGGUCAAUGCUACCGCAAAGAAUGCAUCGAAUGCAAUCAAUGUCCCGUCUAGGAAUUCCGCCGGACAAGAUACCGUUGUGCAAGUCAAUCUUGACCAGCCCGCUGUCCUUAAUCCUAACCAGGGCACGAAGAAGAAGAAGAGACAUACUAAAAGAGCUGCGGGAACCGAUCCUUUCGGAAACGCAGCUCCAGGUAACGUUCUCGAAGCGACGCGACAAUUGUUUCUCGAUCUUGAGCAGCUGGCUGUCGUGGUUGACGAAAAAGUCAAACUGGGGAAUCCAAACUGGCCUGGUAUGAGUGCGGAUGCACAGUUUGUGUACGAAAGCUACUUGCUUAACAUGGUGGCCGACCGGAUGAGAGACACUCUUGAACGCAAUAUGACAGACAUCAACAAGAAGGUUCUUGCCGAAGAGGUUAAGCAAGUUGUCGGCGAGAUUAGUUCUCUCGACCUAGGAGCGGAGUUGAUCAAUAUCGCCGCCGCAGAUAAUUCGAAUAACCCGUACGAUCUCGACCCUGCGCAGGCAGGUACGGUGGUCAGCUUUUAUACUUCUAGGAUUGUGAAUUCGAUUGGAAGCACUUCUACCACCACGGCUACUACAGUAUCUACAUCCACAACUUCUUCUGUUUCAACUACAACUAGCACCACUUCCCAAAUUUCGACAACGACUUCGACGUCCACAUCUACAACUACUUCAACUACUUCCACUACCACGUCUACAACUUCUACUACCUCUACGACUUCUACUACUUCCACAACCUCGACGACCUCCACUACGUCGACGACAGGUACUGGAACACCAUCUACAAUCGUAGUGCAGAAGCGAGCCGCCACAGGGUUUCCAGAAACCGGAUUUAUCGACCUUCCUUAA